AUGGAGGAAGUAGUAAUAUAUGAUAUCGAUGAUUUAUACAUGUCUAGUAGAAAACAAUUGAUACAAUUGUGUGAAGAUAGACAGAUAGAAUGGAACAAAUUAGAAGUGAACGAGAAGUUGGUGAAUAAGCUAAUGCAAGAUCAACAAGAAAGAGUCAAGUUUAAAGAGUUGGUAGCUCCUUUGUACAUGUAUCACAAGGGUCACGUCGAUCACACUCUACCUACCUAUCUAAUCAUUAAAAUCAUUGGAAUGGUGUGGAAUGAGCUACUCGAUGAAAGUCAUGCCGUCGAUCUAUCACUCCCAUUAAUCUUUAAAAAAAGAGAAAGACUUGGAAUGGCACUUGGAUUAUCAUUAAUUAGUAAACAAUUAUUUAAUGUAGUUGCUACAUUUUAUAGUUCCUUUCAAUUGAUGGAAAGUGGUUCUGAAAUGAUGAGUCAUCUGCAACGAAUUUAUUGUGUAUUCAAGACACCGGCAAGAAUCAAUACGAGCAGCAAGGCAUUGGAUGUAGCAUUCUUUAUGAAACAACCAACCUUGCACAUGAAAUAUGCCUUUCACAAGGUCGACGUACCCAUCUCGGUUGUCAACACAUUCCUUUCCAAAUUGAAUCGUCAAAUGGAGACCAUCAAGUUACCAGCCAAAUGCAACAUCACCUCUCUCACACCGACAGUUGCCAAUUCCAUCACCACAUACUCGGGUCCCCUCGAUCCAAAUGUUGCCCUACCAAAAUUAACCAAAUACAUUCACAAUCUAUAUUCUUUGCCUCAUUCACUAGAGAAUCUGUCCUCGAUGUUGCCAAAUAUUCGGUAUUUGGCAGUUGACCUAAAACAUGAAAAGGGUCUUUGGUUGGGUGUCAUUGAAUUGCUUGCACACUUGCACACUGUCGAGGAUUGUCAAGACUAUCAACCCAUCAACCACACCGACACCUCUUUACCCAUUUACAAAUUCACCAAUCCUACAUUCUCCACCUUUGCCAUUCGUUUCUAUCUAAAGGAUCGUGACUCUUCCUAUAUCCUAAGAGACACAAGAUCAAUGUUUACAAAAUCAUCUUUUACCUAUUCCAAAGAACAAUGGAAAUAUAGAAAAUGGUAUAUUAAAGUUCAAUAUAAAUAUGUAAUUCCACAAGUAUAA